UCUUUCAGAAAGGCUUUGUUCAGCCAAUACAUAAAAAAGAUUCGACUCUUAAGAGUGAUUCAUUGUCGAAUCGGAUCAGCAGUACUGUUAAACCCCACUUGAAACUUCUGUAGUUAGGAAAUCGGCGUUGUUACCAACUAUAUUACGGGAAAAAUGUGCUGUUGAAUUUUCCAACACACACGAAUGGGGUUUAAUCGGCCAAAUCUUGUACAAAAACUGUCAGACCGGAGGUAGUAACAUCAUGCCUUUAAAACGCAGAUACCAAUAGCUGGAUUGUUUAUAUAUGACGAUUUUACCUGUAAGAGCUGAGUUUGCGUGAGUGGCAUGUGUUUGGAGACAUGUCUCAAGCCGCAAGGACCAAGAAACCCGACGUGAAAGUCGUCAUUCUGGGGGACAUGAACGUGGGAAAGACUUCUCUCCUCCACAGAUACACGGAGAGGAAAUUUAAGGACACUAUAAGCACGGUCGGAGGGGCGUUCUUCCUCAAACAGUGGGGACCCUACAACAUUUCUAUAUGGGACACUGCAGGUCGAGAGCAGUUUCACGGCCUGGGCUCCAUGUACUGCCGUGGCGCGGCUGCAGUCAUCCUCACCUAUGACGUUACUAACUGGCAGAGCCUGGCUGAGCUGGAAAACCGCUUCCUGUCCCUGACUGACACUGCCAACACUGACUGCAUAUUUGCCAUUGUGGGUAACAAAGCGGACCUUACCGACGCUCUCGCUCAAGAGCCAGACACAGAGAGCGAGCGACAGGACGAGCCCCAGCCUGUGGUCACGUGUCCGACUCCUCCCGCCACUCCACUUCAGCACAAGCAGGUCAGCAAAGAGGACGCUAUCGCCCUGUAUUGCCGCGUGCUCCGCUACAAAGGCCUGGAGGAGAAGGCCUGUCUGCCCGCCGAGACGAUGUGCUUUGAGACGAGCGCUAAAACGGGUUACAAUGUGGAUGUUUUGUUUGAAACCCUCUUUGAUCUGGUUCUGCCCUCCAUCCUGAAGAAAAAGAGCGAGGGAGAGAGCGCCACUGUGGACCUGGAGGCGCCAAUAGAGGUGAAAAGGACUAAAGCAGGAUGCUGUGCCUAGAGCAGGACAAACAUAGGAGACGUGAGGAUUGUAGGAUUGCAUCGUCAAUCAGUACCAAAGGACGAAUGGAUCAAAAUUGUACCUAAAACUAGAGUUAAUUUGAACUACUGCUAUGUACUGAUUUAGUUUUUUGUUUGUUUGUUUUUUCCCCAGAGCAGUAUUAAAAAACUUUGGGGGGGAAUUAAAUAAUAGAAGCAUUUGAUAAUCAUGCAGAAUAGUUGGUUUAUUCAGUUUUAAUUUUGUGAAAAACAUUUUUACAUGAUUUUUUUUGUUGUUGUUGUUGUUUUUGUUUUGCAUAAAUGGAAUAGAAUGGACAUAGUCUGUAUGAUUUUUGUUUUUCUUUUGAAAUUAUAUAUGGUCUACAUUUAUAUUUUGGGAAAAUUACAUGAACAUUUUCUGAUACUGCCUCACUUAUUCUAAUUUGAGAAAAUAAAAAUUCCUAAAGUUUGGAAUAAAUGGGUUAGUCUGUGUGGUUGGUGUGCAAUAGAUUUAUGAAGUGCAUUACCAUUCCCUUAUUAAUAUAAUAUUGCAAUUAAAAAAUAAAAAGCCUGUUUUCUAUUUUAAUAUAAUGUAAAAAAUUAAUUUAUUCCUGUGAUGUCAAAGCUGAAUUUUCAGCAUUAUUACUCCAGUCUUCAGUGUCACAUGAUCCUUCAGAAAUCAUUCAAAUAUGCUAUAUUUUAAUAUGAUAAUAUGCUUAUUAAUAGCAAUGUUGACAACAGUUAUGCUGCUUAAUAUUUUUGUAAUUUUCUUUGAGUAUAAAAGAACAUCAAUUAUUUAAAACAAUUUUUUGUAACAUUAUAAAUGU